UUAAAAGAAAGAUGAAUGGAGCAGCUUUGCAGAACGCUACACCGACAAUAAAGCAAGCUUCCUCUGAGAGGGAAACUUCGUCUAAAGACUGGGAUGAUGAGAUUUGCGAUGAAGUGGAUGCUAGAGAAAUAUUUGACUUGAUCCGAACGGUUAAAGAUCCAGAACAUCCACAUUCUCUUGAAGAGCUGAAUGUUGUCCAGGAACACCUGAUCACCUGCAACGACACUGAAAACUACAUCGAUAUAAAGUUUACCCCUACUAUUCCUCACUGCAGCAUGGCAACCCUUAUUGGUCUCUCACUGAGAGUGAAACUUCUCCACUCUGUUUCAAACCGGUUUAAAGUGGACGUGAGAGUUACACCAGGAUCACAUCAAAGUGAGGAGGCUAUCAACAAACAACUCGGAGACAAGGAGAGAGUAGCUGCUGCUCUGGAAAAUCCUCAGCUCCUAAAUAUGGUCAAUCAGUGUAUUUGGUCUACAGGCUAAAGGAGUGGUGUGUCACUUAUAGUAGUAGGAUCCUGAAUAGAAUCUUAUAAUCGUUUCUAUCGAUGGUAUCAAGUAGCAAUCCUGUUUGCAGUCAGGUAGACAAAUAUGUGUCCUUCGGAGCGAAAAGGGAACCAGCUAAAAACUUUUAUUCGUGACAGAAUCUGAUGAACCAUGGACAGAAUUACAGUUAAAAUCUUUUCGUGAUUCGUAACAUUAGUAAAGAUAUAAUAGAUUUGAUUUUAUUUAACAUUCA